AUGUCUGACCCAAGUUCUAUUAACGGUGGUAUUGUUGUAGCAAUGGCCGGUAAAGACUGUGUUGCAAUAGCGUGUGAUCUACGUCUGGGGAACCAAUCCCUUGGUGUUUCAAAUAAUUUUGAGAAAGUUUUCAAUUAUGGCCAUGUUUUCUUUGGUAUUACAGGAUUAGCCACUGACGUUACUACAUUGAACGAAUUGUUUCGUUAUAAGACGAAUUUAUAUAAGUUAAGGGAAGAUAGACCCAUUGAACCAGAAACGUUUACACAAUUAGUAUCCAGCACAUUAUAUGAAAGAAGAUUCGGUCCAUAUUUUGUGGGACCGGUCGUAGCAGGUAUCAAUUCAAAGUCAGGAAAACCCUUCAUAGCAGGUUUCGAUUUGAUUGGUUGUAUUGACGAAGCAAAGGAUUUUAUUGUCAGCGGUACAGCUUCAGAUCAAUUAUUUGGUAUGUGUGAAUCUCUAUAUGAGCCAAACCUAGAAGCAGAAGAUCUUUUUGAAACUAUAAGUCAAGCUUUAUUGAAUGCUGCUGAUCGUGAUGCCCUAUCCGGUUGGGGUGCAGUUGUGUACAUUAUCAAGAAGGAUAAGGUUGUGAAAAGAUAUCUAAAGAUGAGACAAGACUGA